AUGAGCCAGAGUCGAUAUCCAUAUACCACCAUCUCAACGCAAUCCAACGCUACUUACGGGCCAGGCUCGACCAGCACUAAUACAGGGUAUGAGCAAGAACAACAAGUGACGUUACAUGAUGGUGCGAAUGAAGAGUAUGAAUACAGUAGCGGUGUGUGGUCUAUUGAUUACUCUGAAGGAGGCGAUGACGAUGACGAUGAGAGACGACCGAUGCCCAUCCCCGAGGAUACCAAGAUAAAAAUCAGUUUGAAUUAUGAUCUCGAUGCCAAGGAGGGUAUAUAUCAUACACCGCCAACGAUGGUUGUUGUAGAGGUCGAUUGGACAACCACAGCUAACAGAAAGAAAAAAGAACGAAAGCCUUUCGUCGAUAUUAGUGGAUAUACAAAUACUUUUCGAUCUGACCCUGACUUUGGUACCAACUUGAAUCUCAGUAGUUUCAUGUCUUCAAGCCACUGGUCUAAAAAGAUAGACGAGCUGUACCGAUCUGUCGAUGAUAACAUGUCUGAUUUCAGAAAGAUCCCCAAAAGGAAGUAUGGGAGAGAGAGACAUAUUUCAGAGAGUAUGGAAUUAGCUGUGGCUGAAAUGUUAUAUUCUCUCGAGACUGAAAAAGAUAAGAGGGGAGAAGAUCAGAUUCACAUUAGGAUUUUGACCACUAGGGAGGCUAAGGGUCUACGAGAUAAUUGGGGAUACUCCAGAUGGAAGAGAAGGGAUAAGAUAAUAAUAUCAUAA